GCACCGCAGGUAAUGACCCCGCGCGUGGACGGUAACUUCCUGCCCGCCCACCCCGCCCACCUCCUGAAGGAAGGCCUCUUCAACAGGGUCAGCCUCAUCUCGGGCGUCAACCAGCAGGAAGGAGCUUUGCCUGCUCUCGCCACACUCGUGACUCCCUUCCUGAAUGAGGCGCUGACGGAGAGCUUCUCGCAGGUGGGUCCAGUCAUCCUGAACAUACAAGACGAGGAGAACGCCGUUUUCUUGUCUCGUCGGGCCUUUAAUGCUUACCUGCCGCAGUAUCGGGUUAAUGAGGACACCGUCGGAGAUUUCGCCAAGCUCUUAGGUGACGAAGCGUUCCAAGUCCCGCACCGAGAAGUGGUUCGGCUCCACAGUCAGGCCGGGGGUCUCGUGUUCGCCUACGAGCUGAAGCACCGCGGCCUCCAGAGCCUCACGGAGCUCUUUAACACGUCCGUCGGGGAUUCGUGGGUGAGUAACGGCGACGACCUCCAGUACCUGUUCAACGGCACGACCUUCGCGCCCCUGAGGAACCUGGAUGACCGGCGCCUCAGUGACCUUAUUGUGCUCAUGUGGACAAACUUCGCAGCCACAGGGUACCCGACGCCUGACAAUUCCCUAGGCUUCUGGUGGACGCCCGUGAAGUCCCCUUCUCCCCUGCCCUACCUCUGCCUCAUGCCCACGCCCACGAUGGCCUGGGAGGGGCUUAGUUCGAUGUACGAGUUUUGGACGAGCCUCCCCACCUACCAGAACCGCGUCCUAAACCCGCAGUAUUUCACCCAAUCAUCGGGGGGAUUCGGACGACCGCUGUUCCACGGAGGGGCCGCCACCCCCUGGCCCACCGGUCCGUUCCUCCCCGCUCACCGAUUCGGACGCCGGCGGUGAGAGGAGGGAGGGAGGGGGGGGAGUCGAGAAUGGGAACAGUCGGAAAGAGGGAGACGGGAGGAUAGGAUAGAGGAGAGAAUAAAGAUGAGGGAUGGAAAGGGAAGGAAAUAGUGAGGGAUGCGAGGUAUUAGGUGUAAAACUACAGCACACGUCUAUAUCUAUAUCUAUUCUAAUCUGUCUACCGAUCUAUGUGAGAGACAGGUGGUGCAGAUGGAGGAGGGGGGGUGGAGAGAGAAGAUAGGGAAAUUUGUACAAUUUAUAUAU